AGGAUUCAUGAGAAGAUUCUUGCGACCACAAAUGUCGAUUAAUAUUCACCUAAAGGCGCUUACGCUGACAGAUACGUACUUUGCCGCCGCCGCUAAGGCUGAGGAGAAAGACAAACUUUCACUGACCAAUGCCGAGCAAGGAAAAGUUGUCACGCGUUUCCCGCCCGAGGCGAGCGGGUUCCUGCACAUUGGUCACGCGAAGGCUGCGCUGAUCAAUCGCAUGCUUGCGGACAAAUAUGAAGGCAAGAUGCUCUUCCGCUUCGACGACACCAACCCUUCCAAGGAGAAGGAGCACUUCGAGGCAGCCAUUGAGGAUGACCUCAAGACUCUCGGCGUGUCGUACGACUCAGGUCCGACUUACUCUUCCGACUACUUCGACCUGAUGUUCGAGAAGGCGGAGGAUAUGAUCAAGCGUGGGCUGGCGUACUGUGACAAGACCCCUCGUGAAGAGAUGCAAAAGUGUCGCUUCGACGGCAUCCCCACCAAGUACCGUGACAGCCCGGUGGAGGAGAAUUUGCGCCUCUUUAACGAGAUGAAGAACGGCACGGAGGAAGGGCAGCUGACGUGUCUGCGUGCAAAGGUCUCCAUUGACGACCCGAACAAGGCAAUGCGCGACCCCGUCAUGUACCGCGUGAACUUGGAGCCUCACGCCCGCCACGGCACAAAGCAAAAAGCGUAUCCGACCUAUGAUUUCUGCUGCCCCAUCGUCGACUCGGUUGAGGGCGUGACUCACGCUCUGCGCACCAACGAGUACCACGACCGCAACGCGCAAUACUACUGGUUCUGCGAUGCCAUGAACAUCCGCAAGCCCCUCAUCGAGGAUUUCUCUCGCCUGAACAUGGAGUACUCCGUCAUGUCCAAGCGCAAGCUGACGAAGCUAGUGGACACGCACGUGGUAGAUGGCUGGGACGACCCGCGCUUCCCGACGGUGCGGGCGCUGGUGCGCCGUGGCAUGAAGAUCGAUGCGCUUCGCCAGUUCGUGGCCGAACAGGGUAUGUCGAAGACCGUGAAUUUUAUGGAGUGGAGUAAGAUCUGGUAUUUCAACACGCAAAUCCUCGACCCUACCAGUCCCCGCUACACGGUUGUGUCGAACACUCUGAGGGUUCGCUGCGCAGUGGAGGGCCAGCAGCACAUGGAGGCCGACAAGCGCGCCUUACACAAGAAGAACGCCGAGCUGGGUGAGAAGACGUACUACAAGUCGGACGUCAUCUUCCUCGACGCCGAGGACGUCGCGCUCAUUAAGGACGGCGACGAGGUGACGCUGAUGGACUGGUGCAACGCGUACGUGAAGGACAUCAAGCGGCCCAGCGCCGCUGCUCCGCCGACGGACGCCACCAUCGUUCUCCACCCCGAGGGCGAUGUGAAGAAGACGAAGUUCAAGUUCACCUGGGUCCCGGAGAAUGAGAAGUCGAUCAUUCUCACGCUGAACGAGUACGACCACCUGCUGACAAAGGCGAAGCCGGAGCCGGAUGAGUCGCUGGACGAUCUCAUCGCGCCGGUCUCCCGUUACACGCAGGAGGCCCUCGGCGAGGAGGCGCUGUCGGUCCUGAAGAAGGGCGACAUCAUCCAACUGGAGCGCCGCGGCUACUACAUUGUGGACGACGACUCCGCCGAGAAGAAGGUGCUGAUCUACAUCCCCGACGGACGCGAUAAGGUUAACCACCUGUCGGCGAAGGCCCAACACCUGAAGACACUGCCUAAGAAGGCGUCGGCUGCUGAUGAUCUGGCGGCGAAGCGUGCCGCCAAGGCUGCCCAGAAGGCCGCGCAGAAGGCUGCUGCCGCUGCGAAGAAGAAGUAA